GAUCGAUAAUUUUAUAAUGGCACAGUCCGCUGCGACGGUUUACUGGAAUUUUGAAAUUCUUUGCCGUUGUAAAAAUGGUCCGUUUAGUGUUGGUGCUUGCCGCUGUGGUGGCAGCAGUGACACCUUUUCCUUCAGAGAUCCCGGAGCCUGGAGAACUAGCUCUGGUAUUCAAUGAAGAUGAUUUCGAAGACUAUCUCGACGCCUGGCUGGAACUAGAAGAGCCUAAAUGGGCAAAUGUUUCCAAGGCUGAACCUAGAAGUGGAUGUACGAUCAGGGUGAACGGCGACCUGGGUCAGCCUCAGCCCGUGUACUUGCACAACAACGACUACAUAGUGCCGACCGGCAACAGCGGCCUUAUCCACCUGCAGACCGGGGAACAAGUGCGGGUUGUCUGCACAGGAUCAGGACGCACCAUCCAGCAUCCUAACAUCGCCUCUACUGUAUCUGCUGGGACAGCAACUUGCGUAAGAGACAAUUUGGUAUCGGGCGCAGGAUGGCUGAAUGGCAAUGGCGCUUUUGGUGGACUGAUAUGCUCAGGUCAUUCCUUCCAUGAUGCAGAAGGCACCAGCUCAAGAUGUUAUAAUAAUAACUUGGUCAUAAGAGUAGGAUUCAUCGCCGAAAAUGUCUUCUACCCUCUGUACUGGUCAUGCUUUGAUCAAAGCCGACUGGAAGUACUAUAUGUGUGGUAUGAGCAAAACCCACAGAAUGCCGUUCAUCAAACUGGAGUGGAUAGACCAAGUUGGAUAGCCGGUUCCUUUUACCCGGGUGUGGCCGUCAACACUUUGUACACACAAGUUCAACAGAAAGCGACCAUCGCCAGCCUUGUCGGCCAAGAAUUAGCCGACAAAUACAUAACUAGCACCCAGUUCCUUUCCCGCGGUCAUCUCGCUGCUAAAACCGACUAUAUCUUCGCUACUGGUCAACGCGCUACCUUUUAUUUCAUCAAUGCUGCUCCGCAAUUCCAGCCUUUUAAUGCUGGUAACUGGAACUGGCUCGAACAAAAUCUUCGUGCACGUAUUGGAGCAGCCGGCUAUCACACCACUAUCUACACGGGGACCUUCGGCGUGAGCCAGCUACGCGACCAGAACAACCGACUGGUGGAAAUCUACCUUCAUCGGGAUGCUAAUAACAACCCACAACUUCCGGUUCCAUUGUACUACUAUAAGGUUGUGUACGACGCGUCUCGCCGUCUCGGUACGGCUUUCGUCAGCAUCAACAACCCUUACUACACUGAAGCCGAGGUCCGUGCCCUCACUUUCUGCACGGAUCGUUGUCGCAACAACAAUGCGUUCAACUGGUUAAACUGGCAACCGGACCGCAUUGACCUCGGCUACUCUUUCUGCUGCAGUGUGGCGGAAUUCAGGAAUGUAGUGCCGCAUCUGCCAGCCUUCGACGUUAUUGGUCUUUUGACAUAAUAAUUGUCGCCUAUUUGGGGACGAUUGUGGGAGUAAAUAUAUUCAAGGCAGGCUAAUAAAUCAUGAAAACUGA